AUGCGAAACACGCAUGCGCUUCUUUCACUCGCCCUGACCGCCGGCUCAGUCGCUGGUGCAGGCUGGAAUUUUGUUCAGAACGGAACUUCAGGUGUCUUAGCUCUCGAAGCGAUAUUUGUGUCACCAACGCUGGCCAUUUUCUUCGACCGUGCAACCAAUGACCCACUCACGAUCAACGAUCAUCCCGCAUGGGGUGCUUUGUGGAACAUUGAAACCAACACCGCAACCGCUUUGGAUGUGAAAUCGGACACUUUCUGUGCAUCGGGAGGGUUCCUGAGUAACGGCACUAUGGUCAGUGUUGGUGGACACAUCCCCGUUAUUAGUGCGGCGGUUGAUGGCCGUAUGGCUAUUCGUUUGUUUGAGCCCUGCGCCGACCCCGCAGGCAAUAAUUGCACCCUCUUCGAAGACCCAGAAAACCUUCAUCUUGCAGAGACAAGAUGGUACCCUUCUAGUCUGAGGAUUCCCGACGGCUCUUUGAUGAUUGUCGGAGGAAUUCACGAGCGCACACCGUUUUACAACGUAGACCCAGUCAACAACUUUGAAUUCUUCCCCCCAAAAGAUGGCGGAGUUCCUCGACCAUCUGCCUUCCUUGAAAGGAGUCUACCUGCCAAUCUUUUCCCAAGAGCUUUCCUCCUUCCCGAUGGUCGCGUAUUGAUGAUCGCGAAUAAUCAAACCAUCAUAUAUGACAUUGAACAGAAUACUGAAACAAUCCUGCCCGACAUCCCUAACAAAGUGCGCGUGACAAAUCCUUUCGAUGGAACUGCCACUCUUCUCCCUCUUUCCCCGCCCGAUUUUACUCCUGAAGUCCUGGUUUGUGGUGGAACAACUACAAGCGACCAAAUCCAACCCGCAAAUCUAUCGUCACAGGACCCAGCGACCAGUCAGUGCAGUAGGAUGACCAUAACUCCUGAGGGUAUCAAGAAAGGCUGGGAGGUUGAGCACAUGCUUGAGCCUAGAAUUAUGCCUGAGAUGAUUUUGUUGCCCAAUGGAGAGGUAUUGAUCGUAAAUGGAGGCAAGACCGGCUACGCUGCAUUCGGAACUGUCCCCGAUGCUGUAGGGAACCAGUCCAACGCCGACCACCCUGCAUUCACCCCCUCAAUCUACACACCCAGCGCCCCUCUAGGCAAGCGAAUUAGCAACAAGGGAAUGCCCACCACGGACAUUGCUCGGUUGUACCACUCCGUCGCCAGUCUAACACCUAAUGGUAACAUUCUCAUUGCCGGGUCAAACCCCAAUGGCGAGGUAGUGAAUGGAACUAAAUUUGGAACUGAAUUCCGCGUUGAAUAUCUCAACCCGCCAUUCAUGUCUGAGGCCCGCCCCGUUCUCUCUAACGUUCCCAGCAAAAUUGCUUUCAACAAGCGCUUCACCAUCGACGUCGAUGUGCCUCAACAUCUCCCGGCAUCUUCCAUCAAAGUGGCCCUCAUGGACCUUGGCUUCUCCUCGCACGCUUUCCAUUCAAGCUCCCGCCUUGUCUUCAUGGAAGCCACUCUCUCGCCCAAUCGUAAAUCGCUCUCCAUUCUCAGUCCUCCAAACAACAAGAUUUACCCACCAGGUCCUGCAUUUAUUUUCGUGACUAUCGACGAUGUUACGAGCGCGGGAACCCGUGUAAUGGUUGGAAACGGGCUUCCGCCGCCUGUGGCCGAUCAAGGAGUUCCACUCUAG